UAAAUGCACACUGUGAGAGAGUGACGACACUGCCGAUGAGUUUUACCUGUUCGUCUACAAAUGAUGACCUCAUUACAACUUUAACAACUGGCAGAGAGUCUUGAAAAGCACGGAAGCAAUGAUCGCAUCUUGUGAUGAAUCACACGUAGGAGACCAAAACAAACCCUAUCUGGGUGAUUAUGGACCCUUUGGGAAAGUUAAGGGAAUGGAGCACCGGGGAAUAUGUCGGUCUGUCGCACCUGUGAUCUCAGCUGAGUCCACCAGCGCGCGCAUCUCUCUGCCAGGUGUGAUGGAUUCAGAAGGGCGCGUGGACGAGUCCAGACUCAGGAUGCAUGUUUUUAAAAACGGUGGUGUGUCGCCAGAGGAACGGGGUCAGGUAUGGCGAUUUCUGUUCGGCAUGUACCCCUGCAGCUCUACGGCUCUGGAGCGCCCCCUGCUGCUGGAGCAGAUGGCAGUGCGCUAUCGGCUCAUGAAGAGAAAGUGGCAACAGCUGCUUCCUGGAGCCGUUCGACUCCGACUCAAUGGCACUGAUGCCGAGCUGUUGGCUGCUGUGAAAUAUUUCGAUCAGAGGCAGGACAGAGAACACAAUCGACAGCAGUUCCAGUCGGAUGAGGUUAGAGAAAGGAUAUCUUUUUUGGAGCUGCAGGCUCAGGUGCUAUUUGAACGUGUCACCUUUGACCUGGAGGAGCUUCAGGAGGCCAUACGCAUUAUCGAUAAAGAUGUCCCCCGAACAGACAGAGAUUUGCCAUACUACCGGAAUGAAGGCUUGGGUAACCUGCUUGUGUUAAGAGAUAUUUUAAUCACGUAUGCUGCUUUUCAUCCAGAAGUGAGUUAUGCUCAGGGUAUGAAUGACCUGUGCAGUCGCUUUCUGGAGGUUCUGGACUCAGAGGUGGACACUUACUGGAGCUUUUCUUGUUACAUGGAGAAGUUUUCCAAAGACUUCCGUGCCGAUGGACUGUAUCGCAAAAUGGAAUUGGAAGCGGCUUUGCUGAAGGAACUGGACCAUCAGCUUCACGCUCACCUGGUCACGGAAAACUUAGAUAGACUGACAUUCUGUCACAGGUGGCUUUUGUUGGGUUUCCAGCGAGAGUUUGAACACAGUGAUGCUUUGCGUCUGUUUGAGAUUUUUAGCUGCGAUCACCUGGAGCUCAUCUCGCGGCAGGUGGAUCGCGCUCGAUAUCGGGAGAGAUUGGCACGGAAACAAAGUCUAGAGGAUGAAUCGGUGAAAGAGGCGCAUACCGUAAACACAGAUUUCACCUUUGAGCUCUUCAUGUGUGCUACCAUCCUUCUGGAACACCGAGACGCUCUUCUUAGCUGCAAGAAUGAAGUUCAACUCAUUCAGUUCACAAGCAGUCUGCAGGGAAAGCUGGACCUGAACAGCACGCUGAAGAAAGCUGAGGAACAUUUUUAUGACUACUGCAAGCGUUCAUCUUGGGAUUAUUUGAGCGGCCGUUGUCGCAUGGCGAAGAGAAAAGAGGAUCAUUUUUUCUAUCAUCUGCGAAACCUUUUCUCCUGAGAUUGAACACGACCUGUGAUGAAUGUUCCUGGGAAAUAUCUUGUUGACGGACACCCAGGAGUCUCGCUUCUGUGGGAUCUUAAACUGAAGAAUGAUGCUGCUUUUAAAUCAGUGUUUGUGUUUAUGAACAAGAUGGAAAGACACUUGAUCUCCAAACACUUGACCUCUAUUGUUGUUUUAAUAUCAAGAUUUAUUUGUCAGACAGACUCUAAGAUAAAUUAACCUCCUUAAAGAAAUAAUUCACCCCAAAAUUUUAUAUCAUUUAUUCACCCUCAUGUCGUUCAAACCUGUAUAUGACGCUUUCUUCUGUGGUACACAAAAGAAGAUAUUUUGAGAAAUUUUGAGAAAAAAGUGGUUUUGUGUUCAUACAAUGGAAGUCAAUGGGGUCCAGUGUUGUUUGGUUACCAACUUUCUUCAAAAUAUCUUCUUUUGUGUUCUGCAGAAGAAAUAAAGUGUUAAAAAGGUCAAACUAACACUCCCAGUGUAUAUAUAAUCCACACAUAUAUACAGUACAUUGUGAGUGUUAAUUUGACCUUUUUUAACAAUGGUGAUUUUGCUGUGUUGGAAAUGACAAGAGGGUGAGUAAAUAAUGAAAGAAUGUCCAAUUUUGAGUGAACUAUCCCUUUAAGAUCAUUAAUAGACACACAUAUUUACUGUAAUGUAAUGUAAUUUUUUACAUCACCGCCAUUGUUUUAAUGAUCCUUUACCUUGAAAAAUGCCUGAAAAUACAGGUACUGUUUGAAGAUAAUGUUCUUUUCCUUUAUCUAAAACUCCCUUGGACUGCAGAUAUUGCUCAUACAGUGACAGCCAAUGUCAACAUUUGUGUUUGUAGUAAGUGCACAGAAGGCAGAAAUCCUCGCCGCUGAACUAAGCGAGACUCGACCUCUUGAGUAUUAUUCCAUCUCAGAAACAUCUGGUGCUGGUUCACAUAAGAACACGAUAUAAGAAUAGAAACGCAUGCUCUUAAGUGACGCUUCUGAGAAGCUCUGGAAGAUCCGCGUGGUCUUCUCGCACCAAUCUGAAACACUUCUCAAGUAUCAUCUGAUCAGAAAUAGCUCAUUGAGCGGAGACACCGGCACCCUGUUUACUUACGAGACCACAGUACUGUUGUUUUCUUAUGUAAGGAGCCACAAAAUAUGUUUACACCUUGUUACAGUUGUUUUACAUGGUGACGUGAAACACAAAACGAUCGCAAGUCUUUUAAACACUGUGGUUAAAUGUACAUAUUUUUGUAUGUUUGAUGAUCACAAAGGGCUGUUCGUGUAUGUUUUCAAGAUUUUUGGAUUAUUUCUUAAAAGUUUGCACAGUAUUUUAUGGCGUUUUAACAAAUGUAGCAGGAGAGGAACGAUAAAUCACUCAGCAGUGUUAAACUGAAUGAUGAGCUAUGACUGGCUUUCUGAGGUGAGUUGUGUGAUGUCACAGUUGGAGGUGUGUGUGUGUGUGUGCGUGCGUGCGUGCGAGAGAGAGAGAGAGAGAGAGAGAGGCUUUGCCAUGUACGAGUUUUAUUUUUAGCUUUACUGUGACAUUUAAGCGCUCUCUUUCUAGUGAGUCAUGCACACUCAACUUUAUACUGCGGAGUACAAUGUUAUUCAGAAAUAAAUCCAAAUCUUAUUGUUUGCCCUCUUUGUGAGGCUUCUCUAAUGUA